AUGAGUGAUGAAGAAAUCAGUGCUCUUGUAAUCGACAAUGGUUCAGGAAUGUGUAAAGCUGGUUUUGCUGGUGAUGAUGCUCCAAGAGCAGUAUUCCCAUCAAUUGUUGGUCGGCCAAGACAUCAAGGUGUUAUGGUUGGUAUGGGACAGAAAGAUAGUUAUGUUGGCGAUGAAGCUCAAUCGAAACGUGGUAUUCUAACAUUGAAGUAUCCUAUUGAACAUGGGAUUGUUUCAAAUUGGGAUGAUAUGGAGAAGAUAUGGCAUCAUACAUUCUAUAAUGAAUUACGUGUAGCUCCAGAAGAACAUCCUGUUCUACUGACUGAAGCACCUAUGAAUCCUAAAGCAAAUCGUGAAAAAAUGACACAAAUUAUGUUUGAAACAUUCAAUAGUCCAGCUAUGUAUGUUGCAAUUCAAGCUGUCCUAUCGUUAUAUGCAUCUGGUCGUACAACUGGUAUUGUGUUGGAUUCAGGCGAUGGUGUAAGUCAUACUGUGCCUAUUUAUGAAGGUUAUGCUCUACCGCAUGCAAUUCUUCGACUCGAUUUAGCUGGUCGUGAUUUAACUGACUAUCUUAUGAAGAUAUUGACGGAACGUGGGCAUUCAUUUACAACUACUGCUGAACGUGAAAUUGUACGUGAUAUUAAAGAAAAGUUAUGCUAUGUUGCCUUAGACUUUGAACAAGAAAUGAGUACUGCUUCGCAUAGUUCAUCAUUAGAAAAAAGUUAUGAACUACCUGAUGGUCAAGUGAUUACAAUUGGUAAUGAACGUUUCCGUUGUCCUGAAGCAAUGCUACAACCAAGUUUCUUAGGUAUGGAAUGUGCAGGUAUUCAUGAAACAACCUAUAGUUCAAUUAUGAAAUGUGAUGUUGAUAUUCGUAAAGAUUUAUACUCUAAUAUUGUUCUCUCUGGUGGUUCAACAAUGUUUCCGGGUAUAUCAGAUCGUAUGCAAAGAGAGAUAUGUAAUCUUGCACCGACAACAAUGAAGAUUAAAAUAGUUGCACCACCUGAACGUAAAUACUCUGUAUGGAUUGGUGGUUCAAUUUUAGCCUCAUUGUCAACAUUCAAUCAAAUGUGGAUAACAAAACAAGAAUACGAUGAAUCUGGUCCAGGUAUUGUACAUCGUAAAUGCUUCUAA